AUGGGUCUCACAUACAAUGUCUACUUGACAGCCAACAAGAUCUAUGGCUGCAAGUCAUGCAAGACUCACCUCGCAGAUUACAAUGACGUCAUAAGUCGGAAUUUCCGCGGGCAGCACGGCAAAGCAUACCUAUUCAACAUGGUCGUCAAUGUCAACACGUCCGACGCUGUAGAGCGUAGUAUGACCACGGGCCGACACAUCGUACGCGAUAUUACCUGCCGCCAGUGCAACGAAACGGUAGGAUGGAAGUACGACAAGGCAUACGAGGCUAGUGAGAAAUACAAGGAAGGGAAAUUCAUUUUGGAGGAGGAACUUCUCUGCCAUGUGUUCUGA